AUGAACCUCUUCACAAAGGCAGAGAAAAAUGCCUCAGUGACAACAGAUACACAGUCAAUCGACGGGAACCUCUCUGCAGAAAUUCAAGAUGAGUCAACGUUCUCCUUCAACCCUAAAGAACACGCCCUUAAACUCUUUAAAAAAUGCACCACCAAGGAAGGCAUCUUUGGUGAUUACGAUUACGCUUAUUUGUUCACUCCAACGUUGCCCUUCUUGACCCAAAAGAAAACACAACCUUUCUUUGGAAUUAAUGACGACAUUCCGAUUCUUUUGGGACUAUUGUUGGGUCUACAACACGCAUUGUCAAUGUUGGCUGGUUUGACAACACCGGCAAUUCUUAUCUCCUCCUUUGCAAAUUUAUCCCAAUUACAGACACAAUACCUAGUCUCGGCAUCGUUAAUCACUUCGGGAAUCUUGUCAACCAUCCAAAUCACUAGGUUCCACAUCUAUCGCACACCCUAUUAUAUUGGUACGGGCCUACUCUCAGUGGUGGGUGUCUCCUUUGCUACAAUAUCGAUUGUCUCUAAAGGCUUCCCCAUGAUGUACAAAACUGGCUUUUGUCCCAUUUCUUCAGACGGAACCAAGUUACCAUGUCCAGACGGAUAUGGUGCCGUUAUUGGUACAUCCUGUGUGUGCGGAUUGUUGGAAAUAGCAUGCUCCUUUAUACCUGCAAAGGCCUUACAGAAGAUUUUCCCCCCACUAGUCACUGGUCCUGUUGUUUUACUAAUUGGUAUCUCCUUGGUGGAAACGGGAUUCGAAGACCUCGCAGGAGGGUCCGGCUGUAUCGGUAGCACCUGUGCAAAAGGUUUACCUUGGGGAUCGGCCCAAUUUGUUGGUUUGGGAUUCUUGGUGUAUGUGGUCAUCAUCAUCUCUGAGAAAUGGGGCUCUCCAAUCAUGAAAUCUUGUGCUGUCAUUGUAGGAUUGUUGGUUGGUUGUAUAGUUGCAGCAGCUUGUGGCUACUUCACCCAUGAAAAUAUCGAUAUUGCUCCUGCAGUCACCUUUGUCUGGGUCCAUACAUUCAAAUUGUCCGUUUAUGGUCCAAUGGUUUUACCCUUCUUGGCGUGCUAUAUAGUCUUGAUGAUGGAGGCUAUUGGUGAUAUAACUGCAACCUCCGAUGUUUCAAGAUUAGAAAUCGAAGGCUUGGUCUAUGAUUCAAGAAUUCAAGGUGGUGUCUUGGCAGAUGGUCUAAAUGGUAUCUUGGCAGGUCUAUUCACCUUACCUCCAAUGUCAACGUUUGCCCAAAAUAAUGGUGUUAUUGCCAUUACCAAAUGUAGUUCAAGAACCGUUGGUUAUUGGUGUUGCUUCUAUAUUAUAAUCAUGGGUAUCUUUUCAAAAUUUGCUGCAGCUUUGGUUUCAAUUCCAAGCCCAGUUUUGGGAGGUAUGACAACCUUUCUUUUCACCUCAGUUACCGUGUCGGGUUUAAAGAUUAUAUCCACUACACCAUUUACUAGAAGAGACCGUUUUGUAUUGACAGCCUCAAUCAUGUUUGGUUUGGGUUCGACCUUGGUUCCAACUUGGUUUGAUUACGUCUUCACCUAUUCUGGUGAUAACCACGCUCUACAAGGAUUCUUUAAUGCCAUUAUUCUUGUUAUGGAAACUGGAUUCGCUGUUACUGGGUUUGUUGGUGUCAUUCUCAAUUUGUUGAUUCCACAAGAGGAAGAUGAAACGGAUAUCAUCGACGAAGUUGACGAAGAAAUGAAAUUAUUUCACCAAGAACACCCUCAUCCAAUUCGUGAGGCUAUAGAAACAUUAUCUCCAUUCACCUCAAGAACUUCAAGAAUUUCAAGACCUUCCAAAAGACUUGAAAUUCAUGAUGGCGUUGAAUUCUCAGAUGAUGCGAAUUACCAACAUGAAGUUCAACCACUUCCAAAGAAAGACACACCAUAG